GUUGUGUGCACGCACAGAGCACGUAAUAGUUUGUGUGUUUGAGUGAGCGAGCGAGCACGAACGAGCAUUAAAAAAAUUUGUUCGGUUCAGUAGCUUACUAAAUAUGACAAGUUUGGUAGUUUGUGUUUAUUCUUCAAGAUUUUGAAAUGGUGAGACCUGUGAAUAGACCUUGGAAUUUAAAUUUUUGAAUAGUUUAUUAAAUACUGUACAAAUCAGUGUCUCCUAAGUCCGCGACAUGAGUUAAAAUAAAGAGCCAUGAUCCGUAGUUGUGAGGAAGAUUCAGGCCGCAGCUCCUGCUCAGCAGGAUCUGUUGGCCUCAGCCCGAUAAUAGACUAUCAUGAACUCCAACCUGACUUGCCACAUCAGGUCAAAAGACGACAUGCCAAGACACAAGAAGCAAGCACCAACACCAACUUACAAGUAAGCACCCGGCCAAGGAGCUGUAUUUCUCUCUUAAAAUCUCCAGAUGAAAGAGACCCUUUCCCAAGCUGCAGAUUACCUACCAGACACAGAAAUGUUGUCUUCAACAUUUUUGACAUUCCCCGAAGAGGAGGCCUAAGCAAUGCCCAUUCCACUUUAGACAUUGCCUGCAGCACCCAAAUAGAAGAACCUGUCUCUAAUGCUGCAGUCUCCAUGACUGCUAUAGCUAAUAACGAUAUUGAUAGUUGUAAACCAGGACUUACAAACACAAAUUUCCGCAGAGGGAAACCGGUUCAAAGAGCAGCAUCAAGGCUGUACAAAGCUGAGUGUGGUUUCAAAGGUAGAGAAGGAUGUGUAGGACCUGAGUUUAUAGUCCGAGCCAACCAACCUGCCAAGAAAAUGGACUUGACACUCUCAGCUAUUUCAGAUAGGAGAAUAGUAACUGUUGUUUUAUUGAAUGGCCAAAAGAUGGAAGUCCUGUGUGAUCCAAAUAUUAUAACUGCAGGACAACUAUUUGAAGCUUUAGUUCACAGUGAAAAGUAUGAACACAAUUUCAUGCUUGGUAUUGCUGUUUUGAUUGGAGGAGACUUUGUAUUUUUACCUGAUGACUACAAAUUGAAAAAAGUUGCCCCUGAAGGUUGGCAUAAAAUGCCAAGUAAAAGAUGUAAAAUAGUGGAGGAAAAUGUCUCUCUAACGGUUUUUUUGAGGAUUAAGUUUUUCUUACCUAAAAAUAUUUCUGGUAACAUACAAGAUGGCGAAUGGAGGUACCGAGUUUAUUUACAACUUAGAAGAGCAACAGUUGAGGGUCAACUUACCUCCACGAUACAGAAUCUCAUUUUAUUAGCUGGGUAUGCCCUGCAUGUAGAAUUUGGGGAGUUCUUAUACAGGGAGCACGGUUCUGCUGAUUAUUUUCUUUUGGAACAUUAUCUUCCUGAAAGUGCAAUAACACAUGAUAUGGCAGAUAUUAAACUUCGAAUGAAAAGGGCACAUGAAUCUCGACGUGGAUUAGACAGAAAUAAGGCUAUUAUAAAUUACAUAACAUUGGCACAAACUUUCCGCGAUUAUGGAGCACAUUUUUACUCGGCUAUCUGGGCUACCAGAGACGGUUUUUGUAGAGAUGUGUGGCUAUCUAUUGGUCCUCGAGGUGUGACACUGUAUUCUAGAAAUAACCACAACUCUGAAGAAUCUGGUAGUAACAAUAACAGGAUCGUUUUGCAAAGCUUGCCGUGGCAUCACAUACAUACUUUCUAUUACAAUAAGAAAAGCCUAUACAUCAUACCAAAUUCUUACUCGGGUCUAUCAAAAAUCGGAGUAAAGUACAAACUUAAAAUGAUUGACAACAAAACCUACUUUACAUAUUGGUUAGCUUCGCUUCAUCAUAGAUUGUAUUUAAAAUUGUAUGCGAAAGAAGACUUCAUAACAUAUUUAUCUGGUGAAUUGAGUAAUCCUGUAACUGCUGAAAGGAAUACAAAUAAAAUUGAUUGCAGCAACUACCAGGAUAGCUACAAUUUAGCUGUCAGGAAUCCUAAUCCAAUAAGAGUAAGAAGACCAACAAGGAGAAGAUUUAGAAUGGACCUGUUUGGCGAAAAGAAGGUACAAAAUAAAGAGAAUGAAAAACCAAAUACAGAAGAGCUACUACGACAAAUACUAUCAUCGUCACAACAUAAUGACGAAAGUAUGCUGAACACUUCCAACCCAAACACUCAAGGCAAUUCUUCCAAUGAUGGUUUAUCAUCUUCUGAAAGUUGUAGUCUUCCAAGGAGGCAUGGAGUAAAAAUGGGAACAAGGGUAUUUAAUGGCAUGAAGCCAACUGUCGAUAAUAGAUACCGUACGUCUCCUAUUCGCAAUACAUGUUUUAGGUCGGAUUGUGAUUUCGCGACGACACAAAGCGAUUCCGACGACUUAAGUUCGGAGCAGAAACAACAUUGUAAUGUGGAUAGUAUGAAAUUACUUCCUGAAAGACAUUACAAUCAAAACAUUUCUACUGCCCCAACUGCUUAUGUUCUAGAAUCUCCAAAAGUGUACUCUGAAGCAUUCAAUUACAAUACCACUAAUAAUGAAUCUUGUUUGAACACAUCCCUGUUUGAAAAGUUGGACAACAUGGGCUGUGUGCAAGGCGAGAGAGUAUUUGUUACUGUUACUUUAGAAAGGGACCAGAUGAAUGCGUUAGGCCUUCAAGUCGCUGAAGGUUCGGAUGGGAAUGUUUACAUCAAAUCAAUAACACCCGGUAGUCCGGCAGACCUAUGUAAGAAAUUAUUGCCUGGAGACCAAAUUAUAUCAGUAAAUGGAAAAACCCUACUAAACGUAAAAUACGACAAAGCUUUGGGAAUGCUGCAAACUGCACCACAGACAGUGGAGCUUAUAGUUUUACAGAAUACUCUUAAGCCAUCGAGUCUGGAGUAUCAACACACUACAAUUAGUGACGAUCACAGUCAAUAUCCCAAGUUAAGAAAUCAAAAAAGCGUCAGUGUAGCCAGUGCCUUAGAUGGAGAAAUAACAGACGACGAGCUCUUAAAUGAAGAAGCAUUAAAAACAAUUUAUGCUCUAAUAAAACUGACUAAGGAAAAAGUUAUUAGUCGAAUGAAAGACAAGUCUAGCAGGCAAAGUACUCCAAACAAGAGUAAUCUUCAAAAAUGCUUCUCUGAGGUACAAGUUAACGAGGAAUCCGAUAUCGGUAACUAUUCAUCUCAAGAGAGUACUCCACGGAAGCGAAAUGGUCUAGGAAAGGGAAAGUUCAAUACAUGGCGAGGUCAUUUACCGAAUAACAUGCCGAAACGAAGACCGCUUAGCCUUAGUAUACCUACUGAUAUGGAUCUACCUGAAGAUUACUUGGACGAUAACGAAUUGCUGAAGAAGUCAUCAUUGAAGUCCAUACAGUCUUCGUUGAAUAGUUUAGAUAAAUCUGUUAAAAGCACAUCUUCAAAGAAUGUGGCUUUGCCUAGGAACUUUGGACUUGGCAGAAGAUGGUUGGGCCCCGUGCGGUACCCUGUGACGCCAUGCAAGAACAGCAACAAUACCACCGAAAACAGUGCAAUCGUAGACAAUAAUAUUAUAAGGAGACGUUUUGUAUAUGGUGCUGGAGAUUCAGACGAAGAUCAAAUAUUUUUGUAAUGUUUUACAGUUUACUAAUAUUGUUAACUAUCGUAAGUAGAUAGGCAUAAUCAUUAUAGAAGUUAUAUUGUGAUAAUUUGUAAUAAAUAUUUUUAUAUUUAACA